CUUCCAAAGUGAAUAUUUAAAUGCGGCAGGCAGCCCAGGUGUGACGUUGUUUAUGGUUCCUGUUUAACGUUACUAUUUUCAGCGUUUUAUCUGAAACACAUCAACUAGAGUCCAGUCUUCGACCUUUAUCCUAGAACACAUUUAAAGAUGCAGGUUAUUGAGCAUCCUGUUGAGAGACUGCACACUGCUCUCCGGUCCACACGGAAAGAUCUAAUAGAAACAUACCAACAGUUCAGCAGAGCAGAGAAGACACUUUUAGAAGAAGGACUCCUGCCUGGCAAUUCACUUUUCAACCCCAUCACCAUUCACUCAAACUCAGACUGGAUUCCUGCGCAUCCAGAGGAUCCUCAGGACUUUCAGAGUUUUUACAUCAACCCUUACCGCCGUUCUCCAAGCAGUGGGCAUAAUACCAUCUACAUUCAAACUAUUGGCUCUUUUGGGGAAGGAGCGGUUGUGGCAGUGCAGUAUGUUGAAUGGCUGAAGGACUACUGCCAGGCAUUUUAUUAUGGACUAGUGGUCAAGCUUUUACCACCGGUGACAGUUGCUUCAACAGCCUGUUCAUUUCGCAUCAACGACAACACACACAACCUUCAGCUUCAUGCUGGAGAGCUGUUGAACUUAUUGAAAAAGAAGAAGCCCAGAGAUGCUUUUUGCAUUGUAGGGAUCACCAUGAUCGACUUGUACCCCAGAGAGUCAUGGAAUUUUGUUUUUGGCCAGGCUUCUCUCACUGACGGAAUGGGAGUAUUCAGUUUUGCCCGAUAUGAUGAUAAUUUUUACCAGAGAAGCUAUGCAGGACGGCUGAAGAAGAAUAUAAAACUAAAGCAAGGAGACUACUCAGUGUUUGAGAAUUACUACACUCCUCCAAUAACAAGCACUCUUCUCCUCCGCUCCUGCAAGACCCUGACACAUGAGAUUGGACAUAUAUUCGGUGUGAAGCAUUGCCAGUGGCUAAACUGUGUCAUGCAAGGCUCCAAUCACUUAGAGGAGUCUGACCGUCGACCACUUGACCUCUGCCCCAUCUGUUUGCGUAAACUACAGUCUGCCAUUGGAUUCAAAAUAGCUGACAGAUACAAGGCCUUACUGCACUGGAUUGAAGAUGGAGCUGCCAGCAGUGGACAGAAUUCAAAACCCACACAAGCCUUCCAAGAGUAUAAACACUGGUUGUAUAAGUGCUUACGAAUAUUGGAAGGUGAAAAAUCAUGAUCCAGCCAAUAUGAUCUUUUGCUCCCUAAGCAAUGUUAAGGCAAGUGGAGACAUGCUAUAUGCACAUUCUUGAAAAGAGCUUUGGUGAGAAAGCUGAUGAGAAAAAACAAGUAAACAACAUUUUAUUUCUCUCCCUUUGUUUAAAAUGUGAGUUAAAUCAGAAAAAAUUUUCAGACAACAGUCUAAAAAAUUUUAUUUUAAAAUCUGAUUUAAAGAUUAUUACAAUUGUCUAUUAUGCAGAAACAGAAGACCUCAUAAGACCACAUAUUCUCAUCCCACUGAACAUACAGCAAAUAUAACUCUUUUCCAUUAUAAAAUUCAAGUCAUGUGACAGUAUAUCAAUAACAAAUAUAGUUUUACUAUAGAGGUAAGUGAUGAAGCAGUCUUAUAACACACUUUGACAUUUGAAUUUGGCAUUGCAUUACAUUGGGAAUCCUUUGUCUUCAUUUCAGUUGCAUCAACCUGAGCUCUGUAAAGCUUUGAAUUCACAGUUAUCUCUAUAUAAUAGAGAUGCAAAUGUAAUGCACUGCAUCAUGAACAUCGGAAGACUAAACAACACUCUAAACAGACACAAUUUGCAUUAAUAAAGUUGUUUACCUGGUUUUAGUAUCCAGUAAAGAGACAGAGUUUGUAGUAGUUGAAAGUUGACCUGAGGUGAGCUGAAUAUGCUCAAUCCAUUGUUUUUUGGAAAUAUAUAAACAAGGUUCCUUUUAAAAAAUAAAGUAUCAAAUACCUCUUUCUAACCCUUUUCUAUAACAUUUACAUUGUUUAACCUUAGUUGCUGAAUUCAGCAUUAUCUUUGGUCAUUGCUUUACCCAUCAGUGCCUAGAAUUCACCCCUUGCCUGUAAUCAUUAAAACCACGAAAAUGUGGUUUCUUGUUACACAGUGUGUGCGUCUUUUGCAUCUAGGAUUCUAAUUGACCAGAGAUUUAAUGUUUGGUAUUGAAAAUGUUCAUAAAUGUGUUUUUCAAGUCUAAUCAUAGUUUUCUUGACAGCUACUGCUAAUAUAGUGUACUAUGAUAAUCACAUGUAUGAUCUCAGUGUAGAAACUACAUUUGCUCAUCUUAAAGGGUUAGUUCACCCAAAAAUGAAAAUUCUGUCAACAUUUACACACACUCAUGGCAUUCCAACUUCCAAACCACUGAAACUUUCAUUUUAUUCACAUGUUAACAUCAACAUACACACAUAGAGCACCUAAAAUAUGGCAAACAGAAACUCAGUAGCAGUUAAAAGGACUUAAUUGGUUCUUGUGAGUCAAGGAUGACUGAAUUUUCAUUUUUGGAUGAACUAACCCAUUGAGUGAUUAUUAUGAAUCAUAAUAUUGCUAUAUUUUAGUAUAUUUUAGUAGUAAAAGUUGUUAUGUUAUGUGAUAGUACCUAAAGUUCCACUAAAUUAAAAAAGGAAGUCAAGACUUAAUAUCUUGAUUAUCCACUUCUAGAAUUUCCUCCAGUUUGUCUUUGGACACUUGCUCCACUAUGGGGUUAUUCUGUCCAUUGUCCCUCCUCGAGCACAGUUGACCUGUCUUAGAUGGACGUACGAACCCAAGGAAGACGGCACCUAG